CUACCUGAGUACAAAUCUAGUAUUUCAUGCAAGGACGAAGCAUGGAUAUUGGGAUGGAUUUCCACUUCGUGAGAGAAAAAGUGGCGCAAGGAGCAUUGGAUGUCUGUUUUGUGUCCUCCGAUGAUUAAGUGGCAGAUGCUUUCACCAAUCCUGCUACUAAGAUCAUGUUGGAGAAAUUAGGACACAAUCUCAACCUUGUGGCUGAUUGAGAUUGAGGGGGAAUGUUACCGAGAAUAUCUCCUAGCAUAUCCGGUAUAUGAUCUGAUGUAAUCAGUAGUUGUCAUGUAUAGGAGAUCCUAAGAUCACUUGUAUCAAUGAGAGAUUCAUCUGAUUAUUGUGUACGUGUUGUACAAGCCUAUGUACGUGAUGUACAAGGCAGCUCCUAUAUAAAUAGACAAGAUGCGGGUUGGUGUCAACCACGGCAAAUCAUCUGUUCAUAUUUCCGACUGUGAUUACCACUCACGAGCUUCUACCUACAGGAACGGAAGAUCUGCGCAACCUUCCCGGGUGGCAGCCAUGGCGCCAACUAAGGACCACGACGAGCCGCCGCUGCACAUCCUCUUCUUCCCUUUCCUCCUUCCUGGCCACCUUAUCCCGAUGGCCGACAUUGCCGCACUCUUCGCCGCUCGCGGCGUCAGGUGCACCGUCCUCACCACGCCCGUCCAAGCCUCCACCAUCCGCUCCGUCGUCGACCGCGCAAACAGCAGCAGCGCCGCCGGCACCCCGAUCUCCAUCUCCGUCGUGCCUUUCCCCGACGUCGGUCUCCCGCUGGCCUCCCAGAGCGGGACGGACCUCGGUACGUCCAGGGACAUCCACGACAGGUUCUUUCAGACGGCGGAGCUGCUGCGGGAGCCGUUCCGCCGGUUCUUGUCCGACCACCACGCCGACAUCGACGCCAUGGUCUCCGACAGCAUCUUCCACUGGUCCGCCAACGCCGCCGCGGAGUACGGCCUCCCGCGCGUCGCGUUCCUCGGCACCAGCAUGUUCGCCCGUGCCUGCACUGAAACCGUGCUCCGGAUUAACCCUUUCGAGUCGUGCUCCGAUGAUCCCGCCGCCGUCGUCUCCCUGCCUGGCCUGCCGCACCGGGUCGAGCAGAAGCGGAGCCAGAUGAUGGACCCCGUGAAGCGGCCGCGUCAGUGGGCGAAGCUCCAGCUCGCCCACGACGCUGACCGGUCGAGCUACGGCGAGAUCUUCAACAGCUUCCGCGAGCUGGAACCGGGCUACGCGGAGCACUACCGUGCCACGCAGCUCCGCCGCCGCGUGUGGCUCGUCGGGCCGGUUGGGUUCGCCAGUGGCAGCCUGGAGGACGUGGGGUCAAGAGGCGCCGUCGCCGGCGCGCUCUCGCCGGAUGCCGCCGGCUGCCUGCGGUGGCUGGACGCGAAACCGGCCAGCUCGGUGGUGUACGUCUCCUUCGGCUCGAUGACCAGCUUCUCGCCGGAGCAGAUGCGGGAGCUCGCCCGCGGCCUCGACCUCUCCGGCAAGAACUUCGUGUGGGUCAUCGCUAAUGACGGCGCCGCCGCAUCCUCGGACCCGUGUAAGCCAGGCGGGUUCCCGACGACCGACCGUGGGUACAUCGUGCGAGGAUGGGCGCCACAGGUGCUCAUCCUGAACCACCCUGCCAUCGGCGUGUUCGUGACGCACUGCGGGUGAAACUGCCGUGAGGGCCGGCGUGCCAAUGGUGACGUGGCCGCGGUACAUCGACCAGUUCUACAACGAGAAGCUGGUCGUGGAGGUGCUCGGGGUGGGCGUGGGCGUCGGCGCGGAGAACUACGCGCCGAGCGUGGAGGCCCACCGGGUGAUCGCCGGCAAGGGAGUUAAUUGCACAGAAGUACCACAAUUCGGGCAUCACAUGCAGAUUGGUACCACGAUUGCUAAUUUUUGCAUGUCAGUACCACGAUUGCUUCAA